CAUCCCCAUCCCCCAUUCCGCGGUGUUCCCAACGCCGCUGCAAGCUCGAAAUCGCUGUAGUGAGAAGCUAGAGCGCCGACACCGUUUACAUUGCCAGUGCCAGCGAGUUUGAAGAUACCUGAACAAAAUAAGGAAUUUAGAGAGCCACAUUUGUCAAUCAGACAUUGUAAGAACAGAUUAUCCAGCAGUAUGAAUCCUGUCUACAGUCCUGUUCAGCCUGGAGCUCCCUACGGUAACCCCAAGAACAUGGCCUACACAGGCUACCCAGGAGGUUACCCCACUGCUGCUCCCACCUACACACCCAACCUCUACCAAACAGGCAGUCCAGGGUACCCACCGGGAUACACUACAGCGUACUCCAUUAUAAAGUGCCCCCCCACCCAGACGAACGGAGCCCCCCGCCCUACUCCCCCUCCCCCAACCCUUACCCAGACAGCCAUGUACCCCAUCAGAAGUGCCUACCCCAGCAGAAACUUAUAUGCACAGGCGUAUUACACCCAGCCUGUGUAUGCUGCUCAGCCUCAGCCACAUGUAAUCCACCACACCACAGUGGUUCAGCCAAACAGCMUGCCCUCAGCCCUCUACCCCGCCCCGGUCCAAGCCCCUAGAAACAACGGAAUGGCUGCCAUGGGGAUGGUUGCCGGGACCACCAUGGCUAUGAGUGCAGGAACCCUGUUGACCACGCCUCAGCACGCUCAGCUGGGUGCUCACCAACACGUCACCAUGCCACAGUACCGGCCCCAGGGCACACCUGGUUACAGCUAUGUCCCUCCCCACUGGUAGACACCGCCCCCGAGAGAUCUGGAGUCCAACGUAUGCAACUACUCCAGUCUUACACGGGCUUCUUACGGUCACCAUGGCAACCUCACAUCUGUCUGCAACAACAAAACUAAAGAGCAACGGACACUUGCUGCAUUCUGUAGUGUUUUAUAAAAGCUGCUUUUUUAUUUUUUUUACACAACGAUUAUUUUCUUCUUUGAUUUGCCAAUAUGUCAUUGCAUUACAUUGUUUUCUUUUGUUUGUUUUAUUUAUUUCAUUUUCUUUUYUUUUUUUAUCAUCAUUUCAAUUUUUCCAUUGUUAUUGGAACUCCAGAGUGAUUGACCAAUCAUGGGUGUCUGUUGCUCUGCUUGUGGUCCGUGUUCUGUUGGUGUGUUCCAGAUCCAAUGGUGGGAAUGUACUGAACACUUCCUCCACCACCUUCAUCAUCAAUUUAUGCUGCCAAAUUUUCUAACGAUUAGAUGUCAGCACAGGGUUUUGAUUUCAUUCAUUUCUAUUUGUUUUAAUCCCUUAAUUUUCCUUUCCAACAAAGCACUGUCUUGGAACAGCAUACCUCUUGUUUUUCUCUUUGUUCACCUCUGUUCUCCUUCUGAUCUUCAUCUUCCAGCUUCUAGCUGUUUCUUACAUAGAUCUGUAACAACUAGAUCCGCUGUCUGACUAGAUCCGCAACAUCUAGAUCCACUGUCUGACUAGAUCCGCUGUCUGACCAGAUCCGCUGUCUGACUAGAUCUGUAACGUCUAGAUCCACUG